AUGUCACGCCAGCAUCGCCCCUUCACUUGGGGUGGAGCACAACCAGGCUCGUCCUUUUCCAACCCAACCUCGCCGACGCUCGAGUCAAGCACCUUCGGAUUCGAACCGAGUGUUCCCGACGUCUAUCGACGUGCAUGGUGCCUGGUCACAAACGGCAAUUCCAGUGAAUCGUUCGCCGACGUCUCGGAGGCGGACAUACCGUUAGGCGUCCUUCACAACUUCCUCAGCUCAGCCGGCGGCCUCGGUCCCGGCAGCACUGAACAGAUUGUUAACACCGCCUGCAAGGGCUCUAGAUGCUCUCGCAUUGACUUCUACUGUGCGCUAGGACUGCUCCACCAGCUGCAGCAAGGCGAAGAGCCUAAGGUACACAUUGUUCAACAAAGACUAGCAACCGGAGGUGUCGGGACUCCCACACUCAAUUUUGCUGACGCAAUGACUGAUUUGCGUGCGGAUCACACCUUCCCGCCCGCCGCACCCUCUGGCUUCUCGCGGACAGAGGCACGGCCACCAGGGCCCAUGCGCGAGAUGUCGGAUCCAUGGAACACCAACAGCGGCGGCUUCAAUGGCUUCGAUUCGCGAGCUGCUAAUGCACACAGUCAGUACGAUGGACUACCGCAGCAGCACGAGGCCACGACGAGCUAUGAUUCCGCCUUCCGGGGAGGCUUUGCGGGCAAUGGCUCCCCGGCUCCUUCUGAGCGUGUCAGAGGAAACACAGGCGACAGUAGGCGGUCCCAGCAGCUUUUCACUCACAACGAGGCCCCAUCAAGAGACAUCUUCCUCGGCCCCGACCGCACAAGCGCACGAGCUCGGCAAACCACGGCACGGCAAGAGCGUCCCUUUUCAUACAUGUCGGAGACCGCCGAGACGAAUGCGGUAGAUGCAGCCGAAGAUCCUUCCGCCGAGCUGCCCGAGGACCAUGUUACGGUGCGCCUGCGCAGCGAGCUGGAAGGUUUCAUCAUCAAGCACAACGUCUACAUUGUAGGCUCGAGUUUACGCAAAUCGCAAGUCACUCGGCGGUACAGUGAUUGGAUUUGGCUGGCAGAAUGCCUGGUGAAAAGGUACCCAUUCCGAUGCUUGCCCGUCCUGCCGCCCAAGCGGAUCGCCAUGCCCAUCGCGGGCCGUCAUCUCAGCGCAGAUGAUCUGUUCAUCGAACGACGCAGACGUGGGCUCGAGCGGUACCUUCGCUUGCUGACGUGCCAUCCGGUGCUGCGCGAAGACAAGCUGGUGGAAGUGUUUUUCACCGAGCCGCGUCCGAUCGCAGAAUGGAAGAGCUCGGCACCGGCACUAUUUCUGGACGAAGAGGGGCUCAUCAAGACGGUGGAUGAAUCGGAACGCAUGAGUAUUCCAGAGGAUCUUGAACUCAAACUGACCCAGCAACGCCAAGCUAUCCCCGAGCUGUUGGAAAGAUGGACAGCCAUGGUGGCGCUGUUGGAACGCAUCAUCAAGCGCAACGACGCCGCAGCAGCUGACUACUCGCGGCUCAAUUUUUCGCUGCUGUCGGUCAUUGAGACGUCAGCCAAGCGCUGGAGGCCCGGCAGCGACAAUGGCAAAAAGACGGAAGAGAUCCUGUCGACGACAGCGGCCAUCUUCCAAGACCACUCGGACCUGACGUCGUCGCGCGUCUCUGCAGUAUCACUCUCUACGCUCGAAGGCAUGAAGGCGCAACGCGAUCUCAUCAUCUCGUUCCGCGACUUGGUCGGCCGUAUCGACCGUCAGCUGGUCGACCCGAUCGACAUGCUUAAGAAGCGCAUCGAGGCUGCGCAGAAGAAGAUGACGACAAUGGCCGCCUCCUCAGCGUCGGGCAACCAGGCGAGUGUGCAGCAGGAACAGGCGACACUGUCAGCUCAGGUGAAACAGGAUACCCACUCGAUUCAGAAGUACCUCAACCGGCGGAUUCAUGCUAAGAAGACGAUAUGGGAGGAGCUGAUCUGGUUCCACCACAGGUUCAAGGCGGUGGAAGAGGAUGUGCAGAAAUUUGUUCGCGACGAGACAUUUUUCCUUUCGACGCUGACGAGGACGUGGGAGGCGACCGAGAUGAAGAUGAAGAUGAUCCGGUGA